AUGACAUCAAUUCUUAUAAAAGCAUUAAAAAGUAUUUAUAUCUCGGUCCCUUCACAAAAUGCUAAAUUUGCUACAUCCGCAAUUUGUUCUAAUACAUUGAGCAUUACAAAUAAGGAGUGGAAAUAUCCUCCGACUUUUACGAAACCGCGUGAAGUGUGGAUUGAGAAUCUGGAUACGAUAGAGGAGAAAAAAUUGGGAUUAUUUGAAUUACAUCCUACGGUUUACGGCGCUACACCACGUAUAGACAUAAUUCACCGUAACGUCAUUUGGCAAAGAAAGUAUCGUUGGGUUUCAUGGGCGCAUACAAAAACUCGUGCCGAAGUUAGAGGGGGAGGAAGGAAACCCUGGCCUCAAAAAGGUUUGGGAAAAGCUCGGCACGGUUCAAUAAGAUCGCCGCUAUUUCGCGGUGGAGGCGUUAUUCAUGGCCCACGAGCAGGAAACACUCACUUUUUCAUGUUGCCUUUUCACCUUCGACUCUAUGGCUUAACAUCAACACUGUCCGCUAAAUUAGCCCAAGAUGAUUUGCAUGUUGUAAAAGAUUUAGAUAUACCUUCUGACAACUCAGAGUACUUAGCUGAGCUAAUACUAUCCAGAAAUUGGGGCCCAUCAGUUCUAAUUGUAGACGACACGGAUUAUGCACCACGGAAUAUUACAGUUGCUACGGGCAAUCUUCCUCAUGUAAAUUUAAUGCCUGUUUACGGACUUAAUGUAUAUUCAAUGCUAAAACACGAUACACUAAUAUUGACACAGUCUGCUGCGGAGAAAAUAGAAGACAGGAUUUUACAACUGCUACAUUCAGAUACAAGGAAACAACAGGCCAAAUUUAAAUUGGAUCAAGUUUAA